GACUCACUGGAGAGCAGAAUCUGCGGUUUUCUCUCAAUGAGAAGCUGCCGCACUGACCAUUUGUCACUUAGAAGUGUGUCUUUCUGUGGUACCGUUUUGUGUACACAGUAACCCCAGUGGCAGAAGCUUCAUGGGGAUUCUCUGACCCCUGCUUUCUUCGGAGAUCAUAAGAGUGUGCUUUAAAAAAAAAUACUGUAGCAAACGAAGAUACUUCCAAAAAGUUCAAGAAAAUGGAUUAAAACAAAUUUUGCUGCAAAAAGAUUUUUGCAGUCCAUAAUAUGAGGAAUCAACAAAUUCUUGGAAAAUGCACAUUCUGAGGGGAAAAAAAAACUAUGUAUGGACUUCAAAAGAUUUUUGCACCAAAACAAACUGAUUUUUGAAUUUCAUUUUUUUCUAUGGACAUUUUUUAAGUCCUUUGUAUUUCCUGUUAGCUAAACUUAAGUGACCAACCCUCCUGGUUUGCCCAGUACUGAGGGAUUUAUCCAAAUGCAGGACUUCCCAAGCUAACAUCAGCCCUGGAAACCACCCACAAAAAUACACUACUGUGAAAGAAAGAAAGCAAUGCCAAUUGCAUUUUUCUAGUAGAAAUAAUGGAUGUACUUAAUGUGAGGACAAAGCAAGAUAGAGCAAGGAACUUAAACAUGGAAUAAAUGAUUCUGUCCAGGCCAAGUCCCUAUGUCAAAGGAAAACCUUGUGAGGACCAUUGUAUACUACAGCACUCUAACCGAAUAUGUGUCAUCACAUUGGCAGGAUCUCAUCCGGUCCUUCAAAGUGGAAAAACGAUUAAGAGCAUUUCCUAUCAGAUAAGUACCAACUGUAGCAGACUCCAGAACAAGGUCUCUGGGAAAUUUAAGCGGGGGGCGCAGUUUCUAACAGAAUUCGCACCUCUGUGUAAGAUUUACUGCUCAGAUGGAGAAGAAUAUACCAUAUCUAGCUGUGUGAGGGGACGGUUGAUGGAAGUGAAUGAAAACAUUCUCCAUGAGCCAUCUAUUCUUCAAGAAAAGCCAUCUACUGAAGGUUACAUUGCAGUUGUGUUACCCAAAUUUGAAGAAAGCAAAAGCAUAACAGAAGGCUUACUGACACAAAAACAGUAUGAAGAAGUUGUGCUGAAACGCGCUGAUGCUACUACAGCUACAUCAUGAGGACUGCAAUGGAGCCAGAGCAACAUGGGAUUCUUAGCCUUACCUGGCCUAAACCAUCAGUGCCCUCAAGGAGACGCAGCAUAAUGUGUGAAGCACAUUUCUCCCCCAGCCAUCAGCAGAAGAGCCCUAAGCCUUCACUUAACCUAGUUUUCCCUCUGUCUUGCCUGAUAAGCUUUGGCUCCCACUUGUCUUCACCCUCACCCUGUUCCCUUGCUUCCAAGUAAACAAGCAAGCAGGGGAUGCAUUUUGAUUCAUUCUUUCUCUCCCUCUCUCUCUCUCUCUCUCUCUCUCUCAAGCAGGGGAUGCAUUUUGAUUCAUUCUUUCUCUCCCUCCCUCUCCGUCUCUCUCUCUCUCUCUCUCUCUCUCUCUCUCUCUCUCACACACACACACACACACACACACACACACACCCCUCUUUGGGUAAAAUUUGGCAAACAUGGAGAAAUUUUAAGUAACUGAUUUAUUCAUCCUCAUCGUAUUAAAUGGAAGUAAAUACUGUAUUUUGACAUACUUCUAUUGUUUGAACAUUAUGGCAUGGCUGUUGUUUUUACUUCAAUUUUCUAUCAGUUUGAAGUUUUUUCAAAAACCUAAAUGACCUUUCUUCACCCUGCUUGAGUGUGACACAAAGUCUUGUCCUGCCUGUUUUUUUGUUUUUUUGUUUUGUUUUUUUUGUUUUUGUUUGUUUUUGUUUUUGUUUUGGCAGGCAGAGUGGACAGUGAGAGAGAGAGACAGAGAGAAAGGUCUUCCUUUUGCCAUUGGUUCACCCUCCAAUGGCGGCCGCGGCUGGCGCGCUGCAGCCAGCGCACCGCGCUGAUCCGAUGGCAGGAGCCAGGUACUUAUCCUGGUCUCCCAUGGGGUGCAGGGCCCAAGUACUUGGGCCAUCCUCCACUGCACUCCCUGGCCACAGCAGAGAGCUGGCCCCCGCCUGUUUGUAAGUUACAGGAAGAGGCUGGAGUGUAGAGUGUACCUUUUGUCCUCCUCACACCUAUUAACUAAAUGAGGAACACAUCUUUGAAAAAUACCAAAUUCUGCCUUAACAAAUGGAAAAUAAGGCAACUUAAGUUGGUUCUCAUAGUGGAUACAUUGUAGUCAACCAAGGUCACUCUGGUGACUGGGUAACUAACAAGCUUCUGCCUUUGAACACAACAAAGACUUCUACAUCCUUAAAAAGAAACAAACUAACUCAAUUUAUGGCUUAAAAUUGGAUACUGAUUUACAAUGAAUUCCAAAUAAAGGACAUUAAGAAAACA